AUGGUUAUUGCCCAUUUUCGACUCACUCUUGAUCUCCCCACGGGUCUGUCGUUAGCAUAUAGCCUGUAUAAGGAGGAUGCACAAAGACAAGCAAGGGACCGAGGGCCAACUUGA